UUACCUUUGCCAAUUUUGGGACUUGUUUGAACUUCAUUCUUGGCUUUUUGAGUUACACAUUUCCAACAUAAUCAGGGAAAAGGCAAAGCUAUAAUGUAUUGUCUCCCUAACCUAUUUAUCACAUUAUUUAAUGAACAAAGGCUCUGCAUGUUGUAUAUAUUUAUAUGCUUCCACAUCAUCAAAUCAUCUGUGUAGUUCAGUUAGCUUCUCAGAAUCAACCAAUGUUGUUGUAGUUGAAAGACCCCCCCUUCUCUCUCUCUAAAAUGUCUGCUUUCUUUCUCUUCUAUUUAGUUUUGCUCUUACAUGCCACCCUUCCAUCUUCUGCACGUACAUUGAUGCAGAUAUCAGAAGCAACUGAAUGGAGCUCAACAAGAAGGCAGUUGGGGACAGGAUCAUGCAGAACUGGAAACCCCAUUGAUGACUGCUGGAGAUGUGACCCUGACUGGGAAACCAACCGCAAGAUGCUAGCUGAUUGUGCAGUAGGGUUCGGACGCAAUGCUAUUGGAGGAAGAGAUGGUGAAUUCUAUGUUGUCAAAGAUUCAGACAAUGAUGACCCUGAUAACCCAGUUCCAGGCACUCUCCGGCAUGCUGUAGUCCAAGAAGAACCUCUCUGGAUCAUUUUCGAUCAUGACAUGGUCAUCAAUUUAAAGGAAGAGCUUAUCAUGAGCUCAUACAAGACCAUUGAUGGUAGAGGAUUUAACAUACAAAUAUCAGAUGGACCAUGCAUAACUAUUCAAAAUGCGAGUAACAUCAUCAUACAUAACAUCUACGUACAUGACUGCAUACCAGCAUGGAAAGCCAUGGGGCAGGUAGCACCACAGCAUUCUGAUGAAAAAUCAGAUGGAGAUGGUAUAUCCAUAUUUGGGGCUAGGGAUAUUUGGAUUGAUCACUGCACACUAUCAAAUUGCUAUGAUGGACUUAUUGAUGCUGUAUACGGAUCAACAUCCAUAACAAUCUCAAACAGCUACAUGUUUGAUCAUAAUGAAGUCAUGCUCAUGGGUCAUAAUGAUGACUUCCUUGAUGACAAGAAUAUGCAAGUUACCAUUGCCUUCAACUUCUUUGGGGCAGGACUGGUUCAAAGAAUGCCAAGGUGUAGGCAUGGAUAUUUUCACAUUGUAAACAAUUUCUAUGCUGGAUGGGAGAUGUAUGCAAUUGGUGGAAGUGCCAAUCCCACAAUUAAUAGCCAAGGAAAUGUCUUUAUUGCAAAUGAUGACAACUCCACAAAAGAGGUGACUAAACGUGAAAACUCAGAAUCUGGGGAGUGGCAGAAUUGGAAUUGGAGGUCAGAUGAAGAUGUGAUGCUGAAUGGUGCUUACUUUACACCUUCUGGACAAGAAACUGCUGCAAGUUACAUAAGAGCAACAAGCAUGGUUGCAAGACCAGCUUCACAUCUAAUAAAUACCCCUCCAUCUGCUGGAGUUCUUGAUUGUCAGAUAGGCAUCCAAUGCUAUAUUCCAAAGCGAUGAAUCCUUUAAUUUCUACCUUUUUAAUCUUGCCAUUAAUAACGCUUUUGUUACU